AUGGCAGAGCAGAGUAGCCACGAUGUGGUAAACCAAACCCGGUCGGGUGGCGACCUUUCGCCCUCCGACGUUCCUGCGAGCAAACCCGACAAAUGCAUUUCUGGAGGGGAUGAGGUGGAUGUUCAGACUCAUAUUAAUAACGACCAGAGACAACAAAACACAGUUACAACGACGCAGGACAUUCCGGAUGGUAAUAAUACUCAGUGGACCAGUCUUGCGAGCAAUGAUGUCACUAACGACAGGGUUAGAACAUUUUUUGUAGAAAUCACAACACAAGAUACAUCGAUAGUGACUUCGAAACGCCUUGAAAUGAAUGGGAUAGAACCGGCUGCUUUAUCUACAGAUGAUACUACAAUAAGUCAUUUGGGUGACGGGGGAUCAGAUACAGACGCUAGCCGCAGCGACAUACGGUCAUCAAAAGACAGCGCACAGCACUCUCGCACAAGCUCCGUCAAGCGGCCGGCAUCCUUCAAGCCAGUAUCCUUUGCGAAAUUCUCCAUAACUAAAUCGCCCAGUACAAUUCCUAAAUCUACUGUUGAGCAAGCUCCUUUCUCUACUUCGAACACAUCAAGUGUACCUGCACAGCAAACCUCAAGGCCCCGCCUAGUUGCCAAAACAACGAGUGGCCUGAGCAAUUCAGCCCCAAGGUCCUUGGGCAGUGGCACUAGGAUCGGGUCUUCAAGCCCUGAUCCUAGCCAAGUAUGGAAUAAAAAUCGACCCGCCCAACCGCCACCUACAAAGCAUCUUACGGACGAAGAGUUGAAGCAGCAAUAUGGCAUUCAUAUGACCUCUCGCAUCCAGGCGGAUGGCGAUGGGAAAGAGUCUAAAUGGGCUGAUAUCGAUGAUGACGAGGACGAUUGGGCCCCGGAAACAAUUGAAUGGAAUGAUGGAACCAAGAUUUCUUUGACUCAAACUGAGCCUCAAAGCCAGACAAAAAACCAAACUUCCGGCAUAUCAUCGGGGCACCUAGUAUCAACAUCGGAAAAGGCUCUAGGUAGCAGUGACGCCAAGGCUCCCAUUUCGAAAAUUGGCUCCCUAGGCCCAAAAGCCGCAAUUCUGAAACUCGGAGGAGGUGCCGAUAAGCAUUCGAAGCUAGCCGGCGAUUUAAAUGGGGAGAAAGAAGGACAAUCCUCCAGGUCUCAUGCAGCAAAAUCUCCGUGGGCCCCAUUACCUCCUGUUGACAAAAUUCCUCCAGUAUCGGUAAACCCACCUGUUCCACCAUCGCGAUCCUCACGCUUUUUCCAAGGGGAACGCAAUACUUUGGAAAACACAGUCCCAGCAGCACUUCCUGCCAAAGAGAUUGCUGUGGAUGAUUUUAACCGCUCUUGGCGAGACACACAAGCAAGUGCCCCUCGAGAGCUGUUCAACUCCCAAUCUGGUCGAUAUGAGCCCGUAUCGGAAACUCGUCGGGGUCAGCAUCGGCAUGAUCAGCAAUUCCGACCAUCUUCGCUGUUGCAGAGACCAAACCAUAUCGAGCAGCUCGGACCGGCUGAGCCAUCUCCCGCUUUCCAGACGAAUCGGUCAAGCUUUUCUCAGGAGCCUGGUCCAUGGAGCCGGCGCCGUGCCUCAUCUAAUGUUAGUGGAGGAAGUGGAGUUAUGGGCCGAAGGUUGUCUAUGAGCAAAGCAGAUUCUAACCAUACUAAUCCCAAUCUUCCGCCGCCACGCCGCGGCUCUCAACAUGAGCGAUCUACCUCGCCCCGUAGGCCUUACCAGAAAGGCACAUUCCCCGCGAGAGGGCCUUCUCCCUCUGGCCAACCUAGUCAACAUAUUUCAAGCCAGCCGGUGCCAGGUCCUUUUACGCCCAAUACGAAUGACGGAGUUCCUCCGCCCCCUAUCGAUGCCCCGGCUGUUCACGGACCUCCUACGGAGGACACCAUUGCAAUGCAACAGCGUAUUAUGCGUGAGAAGCGCGAGAUGGCGAGGCAACGUAGACUUGAUGAGGAGGCCAAAGAAGAGGCUGCAAAACAAGAGCGAAUCCGCUUGAAGCUGGAAGCAAUGGGACCACCACCAACGGAAAAGAGCAAUUCGAAAGAGCCCACAUCUACUACAGAUUCCAUCAAGCAGUCUAUAGUGGCUCUGUCACCACCAAAGCCUCCUGUUCCGGAGCCUAGUGGUGAGCCAAAGCAAUAUGGAAUGAUGAAGCUUCAUCCCCCGGAACCCGUAAAGAAACUGGUGAAAAAUGAGAAGGAUUCAAAAGCGGCCUCUGGCCCUCAAGUUCAUCUGUCACCAUCGUUAAAAGAACAGAAACUGGACUCAAGCAGGCCCAAUGCACCACCUUCUAUGAAUGGGGUUCGUCUUGCAGCUGAUAAAACCUCCAGUCAGAUGUCAGAGCAUCAGCAGGGCGCUUCUGAGAAAAGCCUCUCGUGGAAAGGCUCUAUACCUACUACUGCUUCGUAUUCCUCGUGGUCUGGGACAAAGAUCGGCGGCCACGCAUCUGGUGCCAAUCUCUGGGGGCCACUAAAUAACGAUAGGGCCUUAGGAAAUGGCACUUUUGACAGGAAUCUCACCGGAUUUCCUCCCAGAGAUAUCCCGCCUCAUCCAUCACUUAAGUUAUCUGACCAACCUCCCAUCGGUCCUUUAGCACCUACUGCGGAAAGAUCUGGAGUGCCGGAAACUGCGCACCAGCAUACUCAUAGCCACGCCAAGGGUUUGAUUGAUAGCGGCACCUCAAUGUCUCCCUUGCCAUCUCCUGAGCAACGCGGAAGUUGUUUGGCAACAGCGGAAACCGUCAGACCUAUUUCUCGGCCAGGACCGAUUGCCCCACCCAGUUCUUAUUCUCAAGGCCAAAAAUGGCAGCAGAAUCAAUUCCCGCCUCGCUCGGAACAAACUUCUGCUUGGAAUAACUUUCAUAUAACUGCCAGAAAGAGCGAAUCAGAAGAAAAUGAACGUUAUCAUCGAGACCUACAAUCUCGGUUAGAUGAAGAAGCGAGAAGUGGUAUCAAACCGACAUUAGACAUUGCGUUCAAGGAAACUUGGCGACAGGUGAAAGUUGGUGACGAGCCUGGACAGCGCCAUAUUGUGUCCGUGAUUAAAACUGGCGACAAAAAUCAACCACCUUCCUUACAUAAUGGUGAAACUUCUGCACCCGAUGGCUUAACAUUUUCCGAGUCGAACGCCAAAUUUGUUGGAACAACGGCGCGGGGAUCCCGAUUUUUCCCCCAUGGCUCCGAUCACAAGAGGCCACCGCCCUCAGACCGAGAGAAUUCCGAGGGUCGAUGCCCUUCACCUCCACCACCCGAGGAAAUAUCCAGUCAUCCUGUGUUUACAAUUAGCUCUCCCCGGCCUCUAGUGCACCUACCUACGCCAAAACCUCGCGUUCGACUUCCCCCUCGUAGCUCGUCACCAUCAGCAGCUCCUCAGACCACAUUUGCAGCAAUGGUAUCGACUGGCCCGCCGCCCCCUCGGGGUUCGCAACCAAUUGCAAGCACUGCAACCUGGCAGGAUCGGUUUAACGGAUUGUUUGGGAAGAAAACCGCUCCAACGCCUCCACUUUCCCAACCAAAGAAGAACGCCUUCACUGUUACCUCAGCAUCCAAAGAACCUCUCGAUGUUUUGUCCAAUGCCACUCCCGCAGCAGUUUCUCUUCCCCAAGUUGAUGAGAUGGAUGCCGUACGGAGUUCAGGAAAUGUAGUUUCGAAGGAAGUCGAGGAUGAAGAGGCGAUAUUUGAGGAUCGGGAGGCCGGUUCUCUCCCCGUUGUCAAAGUCCCAUAUGUGGCGCCUAGGGCGGCUUGGCAGCCUGCAUUGCCUCCUUCCCAGCAGCGUUUCCGUUCUCGGCUUCAAAGACCUGUUCAAACCCAAACCAUCGAGCCUUACGCUUUCCGCCCUUCUGACAAAGACAAUAAUUCAAUCCCAGUAGUAAUCAAUCUACCUGGAUGCAAUGUUUCGAAAACGCUUACCUUGUGUUCUAAGAGUACUGUACCUGGCAGUCAGGGCCAGCAACGACAACGAUCACAGAAUUUUAAACAUCGCAAAGGCGCGAAGCCUCGAGAAAGUUCUGGGUCUCAAAAUACGUCUCUUACCUCUAAGAAGUUGUCAUCUCCAGCUAAUUCCACGUCUGGCUCUCUGCGCCCACACUCUGGGCAUAAUAAUUGGGCUUCUCGUGUUGCAGGUACUGCCACCUGA